UUACGUAGUAAUAACCCUCACAGAACCCCAACCAUCGACUAUUCGACAAUACCUUUCCUGAACUGUGGUGGAGGGAGCAGGACGUUGGAGAGGAGAUGAAGCUAGAUCUUUUUCCUAGUUCCUGAUUACAUUGUUGUCCCCGAGGAUCACUUGUCACGUUUCCUGGGAGAGAGCGUUGUGCCGGACUUGAGACCUUUGAAAAAGUACCAUGAGGGACUUCAUCGUUUUCCUCAUUCUUUUCAAUGGGAUCUUUGCAUUACCAGAGAGAGCUCCCAAAUUCUUUUUGGAGAGCACGACCUCAUCCCAUGGGACUCGGGAUGCCAAUGAGAAAACUCCAGGCUCGCUAGUCUCAGAGUUCUUUCAAUCGCUGGGUUGGACUUUUGGUAAUGCGGUCGAUUCAUUUGUCAGUCCGUUUUCCCGACCCAAACCGACUCCUAAACCAUAUUGGGAAAGUCCAGUCAAGUUUCCACAAUGCCAACGAAAAUCCAUGAUGUGCCACACGGAUCAAAUAACAGGUAUGGGAUGCGGUGUUCCGAAUCGAAAUGGACGGAUUGUGAAUGGAAAUGCCACAGAGGCUAAUGAAUAUCCCUGGAUGGUGGGUGUCUACGUUUUCAAAGGUAAUGGAACACGAUUUCAGUGCGGAGGAACCCUUAUCAAUCAUCGCUAUGUCCUUACGGCCGCACACUGUCUUGAGAGACGAACAGCCUCCAAAUUCGUUUUGAGAUUCGGUGAUCAUAAUCGGACUCAUUGGGAAGGAAAUGAAAUGCAUCGAACCCUAAGCUCGUUUCUCAUCCAUCCUCGCUUUAAACGGGGAUCGUAUGACAAUGACAUUGCCCUUUUAAAACUGAAAGUGGAUCUUAUCUUCGAUAUCAAUGUCAGACCCAUUUGUCUGCCAUUGAAAGAUGACAAUUACACAUCGGAAUUGGCUACAGUUGCUGGAUGGGGACGAUUAAAAGAGGGUGGAAUACAGCCUGAUCUUCUGCAAGAAGCUCAAGUUCCAAUAUUGGACAACACUCGUUGUCGGAAGGACUUCCGAUACUAUGCCCGUGAAAUCACGGAUAAUAUGUUUUGUGCCGGUUACUAUGACGGCCGAAAGGACGCUUGCAUGGGCGAUAGUGGAGGGAGUAUAAUGCUUUCGAAUGACAAUAAUCAAUCAGUUCUUCUUGGCAUUAUUUCAUGGGGGGAUGGAUGCGCCAAAGAGGGUUAUCCUGGUGUCUACACUAGAAUCGGAAGGUAUCUCCAUUGGAUUGUGAGAAAUACCCGGGAUUCCUGUUAUUGUAACGAAUGAUAAAGAAUGUCAUUUAUUGUUAUUUGAUGCAUUGAAUACAUUGUCCACGGCAGUGGUGGAAAUUGCUAAUAAAUACAUUGAAUCA